AAACAAUCGGCGGCGCAGCCGCGGACACCCGAACGCGGCAAGCGGGGUCCUGGGACUCGGGUCCAGGGAGGAGCGAGCCGAGCGGCGGUGACGCGCGGGGAGGGGGGUGCCGGAGCACUAUGGGGCAGGUAGGCACAGGGUACGCGGGGCUCCCCCGGCGCCGAGGCUAGCGCGCCUGUCGCUUCGGCCGCCUCAGCCCGCCCGCGCCGCACGCCUGGGGGACGAGGAGCAGGACGCGGCCUCGGCCGGGCCCGGGCCGAACGGCUGCGAAGACCCGGGCGCCGGGGAGCCGAGCGCCGCCGCCGCCGCCUCCGGGAUGGAUCAAUGCGUGACAGUGGAGCGCGAGCUGGAAAAGGUGCUGCACAAGUUCUCGGGCUACGGGCAGCUGUGCGAGCGCGGCCUGGAGGAGCUUAUCGACUACACGGGUGGCCUCAAGCACGAGAUCCUGCAGAGCCACGGCCAAGAUGCAGAAUUAUCAGGGACACUUUCACUUGUUUUGACACAGUGCUGUAAAAGAAUAAAGGAUACUGUUCAAAAAUUGGCUUCGGACCACAAAGACAUUCACAGCAGUGUUUCUCGGGUUGGAAAAGCCAUUGAUAAGAAUUUUGAUUCUGACAUUAGCAGUGUGGGAAUAGAUGGCUGCUGGCAGGCAGACAGUCAGAGGCUUCUCAAUGAGGUGAUGGUGGAACACUUCUUUCGACAAGGAAUGCUGGAUGUCGCUGAGGAGCUCUGCCAGGAGUCUGGUCUCUCUGUAGACCCAAGUCAGAAAGAACCAUUUGUGGAGCUAAAUCGAAUAUUAGAAGCAUUAAAAGUCAGAGUUCUGAGACCUGCUCUGGAGUGGGCAGUAUCAAACCGGGAAAUGCUCAUAGCCCAGAACAGCUCCUUGGAAUUUAAGCUACACAGACUAUAUUUUAUUAGCUUGUUAAUGGGUGGAACUACAAAUCAGCGAGAAGCAUUACAAUAUGCUAAAAAUUUUCAGCCAUUUGCCCUAAAUCAUCAAAAAGACAUUCAGGUUUUGAUGGGAAGCCUUGUCUACCUGAGGCAAGGGAUUGAGAACUCACCAUAUGUUCAUCUGCUUGAUGCAAACCAGUGGGCUGACAUCUGUGACAUCUUUACACGGGAUGCCUGUGCCCUCCUGGGCCUUUCUGUGGAGUCCCCUCUCAGUGUCAGUUUCUCAGCAGGUUGUGUGGCGCUGCCAGCUUUAAUUAAUAUCAAAGCUGUGAUUGAACAGAGGCAGUGCACUGGAGUUUGGAACCAGAAAGAUGAAUUACCUAUUGAAGUGGACCUUGGUAAAAAGUGCUGGUAUCACUCUAUAUUUGCCUGUCCCAUUCUUCGUCAACAAACAACAGAUAACAACCCACCCAUGAAAUUGGUCUGUGGUCAUAUUAUAUCAAGAGAUGCCCUGAAUAAAAUGUUUAAUGGUAGCAAAUUAAAAUGUCCAUAUUGUCCAAUGGAACAAAGUCCAGGAGAUGCCAAACAGAUAUUUUUCUGAAGAAAUAACUUUAGUUUGCAAUUUGUAA